AUGUCGCGUAAAGUGCUUCGCGCCUUCCCGUCUCACGGCGCGUCUGCCUCGGAGUUCAGGAGAUCAUGUACCCUGAAUGUUGCUGAGAAGCUCAACAACCUAAAGAUGUCCUUUCUCCAGUUUGCUUUAGCAAAAACAUCCGGGAGUACACGACUGCAAGGCAACGAGCAGUACAAAGCUGGCAACUUUGCCGCUGCAGUGCCAUUGUACCAGACGGCAGCUGAGCUCGAUCCCAAGCAGGCAGCGCCACUUUUCAACUUGUCAACUGCUCUCUUCGAGCUAGGAGACUACAAUGGAUAUGAUGAGGUCUGCGCAUCAGCUCUUGCUUUGCUCCAGGGCGAGCCACAAGAAACCGCUGCGAAGCACAAGAUCCAUGCUCGGCAAGCUCGAGCUCGUCUUGCCACAAGACGGACAGAAAAGACAAAAGCGGCUGUGAACCUGCUAUUCGACAGAGCAGAGAAGAUGUCACUGCUACAUUGUCUCAAGAACUGCCACAGCAGCCAAGUAGGUGUCAAGGACGCCAAAGAAUCGCACACCAAGCUCUUCCUCGAACUGCCACGAUACGAACCGAUGAUCUGCGUGCACAGGUUUGUGAUUGAUAUUUGA